UAGUCACGACUUUGCAAUAUUCAUUAACUGUGAACAACCGUCUGAUAACGACUGACUGAUUGGGUAUCGUUCUACCAGAUAAGAUUGUCUAAGACGUUUGUUUGAUACGUUCUACAGCAUGAAAUUAUGUAAAGCAUAUGGAACAUAUACGUAUUACACCCUGUAUGAGUUUCCGCAAAUAUUGUCGAAGGGACAGGGAAAGCCCUUCCGAAAAAUUCCAGUUAGAUGUCCCACAUAGGACUAUCGGACUCUAUAUAUAGGAUCUUGAUUAAGGACUUUAUGGGACAUUAAACACUGCGGGAUUUAACGUUAUCAACGGCAACCAUGCAGUUUCAUUGGACACAAACCACUGGCCUGACGCCCAUAUAUACUGUAUAUAUGUCACUUAAAUUAUAUCAGUAAUAUUUUCCUAGUAUAAAGCGUCUGGUCCAACUGGACAAGCAGAAUUAAAUUUUGUAGAGACUUGAUUAAUUCCCAUAAAGUUUUGAAAGUAUGCUUAAAUUACGUCCAGGUAACAAGUAGAAGGUCAGAAAGGGUUUUAAAUUCCGUCUUUUGGCGUUGAAUUUUGGACUCUGUUUGUUAAAACACUGGAGGGUGGAUCGAGUUUUCUAUAGCUGUCAGCUGGCUGAGCUUUCUUAAAUACACCAACCUGCUGUUUUAGCUGUUUAUUCAUUCCUUGGAUAUCAGGGGAUAUCUUCCCAUCAAACAGUUGUCUCCGGAAACCAUGUGUGCAGGCUGUGCUCCAUAGCAUAUCCCAGCACUUCCCCACAUUGGAACUGAUCGGUAUGAGUAAUUAACUCACAUAAAACAGACAGAUCACUAGAUUCGACUUAAUAGAUGGCCCCAGAGGGCGACUGAGGGUCUCAGUGGUCACCUCUGCGAGAAGAAGGUUUAUUUCUAAUACUACUUCCGGCGGUACUUCCGGUACAGACGUCAUUUCCGCCCAUUCGACUUGUUCAAACACGAGGCAGUGGAUAUUGACAGUGAACCACGUGUGAAUGAAUGAAUAUAAAUACAAACAGUGUGACUAAAAGUUUACCAGCAAUAUGAUGAAGAUGGUCAGCAGCUCACCAGGCACCUGGUCCCUGUGUGCCCUUGGUUUUCAAAAUCAAGCUGUCCCUCGUCGUUGUGGAUGGUUUUUGAAUUUGGGUCAGCACAGAAGAUUGACUUUUGUGAAAGGACAAAGACAGAUAGAUGGUAUCUAUCGCUCCUCCUUCUCACCCACUAACCCCCUCACACUCUCAGUCAGAGCAUUCUAUGGAGGACAGGAUCAUUUUUUGCCUGAUGACCUUAGUUUGCACGUCAGGAGUCCACUAACAGAGGAAGAAGCAACAGAAGAACUAUCGAAAAUAGACCCAGAGUUACUUGGUAUUGUUCGAGCUGAAUACAUUCUAAUGAAAGGCUCUGGUUGGCUAGUUCCAGACAAGGUCACUGAUAAGGUGUUGUUAGAAAUGACAAAACUCUCAAAAAAGAAAAGACAGAAAAGAUGGGAACACUUAGCAGUGCGUGCUUUAGCUAAAGAAGAAAAGGCAAUGAAGAAGGAAGAACCCAAGAAACUUACUGAAUACGAUAGUUUAUAUGAUUAUCGUAAUAUCGUAUGUAGAAAGUCGCUUUUGAACACCCUUGUCCAUUAUCAAAAUAUGCAUCUCAUGAAUGCCAUGAUGUAUCACCAACCCCUCCUGAUUGACUUGGGCUAUGAUUCACUGAUGACUCAUGAAGAGAAAAAAGCCUUAAGUAUUCAACUUGGUUAUAUUUAUCAUGAUAACAGGGAGAGCAGGGACCCAUUUAACUUAAUGCUCUGCCAUGCUUCAUCAGACUCUGAGAGCACCUAUUCUAUAGGUGUACAGAAAGGAAUACUGCAGCCAUCUUGGAUGUGGUCUGUCACUGGUCGGGAUAUGGUUGACCUGUACCCUCGAAAGAGCUUGGUUUACCUUUCUCCUGAUGCUACAGACUAUCUCACAGAGUUUGAUCCCAAUGCUGUGUAUGUGAUUGGUGGACUGGUUGACAAGAACGUCUCAAAGAAAUUGUCUCAGCGAAAAGCUCAGAACAGAGGCGUGGCCAGUGUUAAACUGCCUAUAGACCAGUACAAAUUACGAAGUGGUCAAACCAGUAUACUUCCUCUCAACAAAGUGCUUAAGUACCUUGUUGAACUACGUGACACUGGAAAUGCUUAUGAGGCUCUUAAAAGAUCUGUACCGAGAAGAAAACUGGAGCAAAAUGAAGAGAAUUUGGUUGUCAAGGAGAAACGCAGGAGGAAGUUUUAUUAGUACCACCAGCAGUGCUCACGGUUUUAGUCCCGGCCCGUAUCGUACUGCUCCGCCGGCUCCGUGAGCUCUACCGGCUCAGCAGGGUGGCAUGGGAUACAAGUCAUUGUUACUGUUUCUCUUCGUAGACGGCAAGGGCCUGUGUGCCCAUCUCUUGGAUUUAGGUCACAUAUAAUCUCAACUUGAGCCCUCUGGAUUUUUUUGUCUCAGUGAGUGCAUUCGCCUUGUUGUGAUGCUCGUUGAAAUGCACCCUUGUCAAAAUUUUUGAAAAUUCAAUGCUAAAUAUACUGAAGGAAAUAUGGGAAAAGUUGCUACAGCAGUCUGACCAAAAGUCAUGUGGAGAUUCCAAAAAUGCCCUUAUAUUUGACCCUUGACCUUUAUUUGAAAGUCAAAUGGGCCAAAAUUUUCUAAAAGUGGGAUUUUUUCCCCCAAUAAAUUUUUGUGCCAAUUUUCAGAAAUUACACAGACCUAAGAACUCAUAUUCUCCCUUUUAUUGAAGGGAAGCAAUUAGGGUCUCCUUUCAUUUUUGGUUUGGGGGUCAAUUGGUGAAUUUUCAUGGGAAAAGCAGCCAUUAGAUGUUUAGACUGAAAACUCCCUAAUUUUGGAACCGUAAAUGCUAGAGACCUCUUGUUUUUUGCAUUUUGUAGAACUUUUCAAGCGCAAUACUGAAAGUAGUGUCCAUUUUUAUGUUUUCUAUAUGGUUUAAGAGUUGCGCUAUAUCAAAAAGUACAAUGUAGCAAUAUUCAGUGGAGAAGAUAAAAUGUGAAAUACUCCAAAAGUAGCAGUUACUAUACUAUACUAUAGACACUAUUAAACUGGAAUGGGAAGUCACAUACUGGCAAUCUAACUAUGACCUUGAAAUUGAACUUUGACCUACAUUUCACCAUGAACUGAACUUUGCAAAUUUUCUGCCCCUUAUAUCUCCAAAACUGGUAUUACUAUGCCCAUAGUUAUUAUUAAACUUGAAUAGGAAGUCAUAUACUGGCAAUCAAUAUGUGAUCUUGUAAUUGACAUUUGACCUACUUUUCACCAUGAACUGAACUUUCCAAAUUUUCUGGCCCCUAUAUCUCCAGAACUGGCAGAAAUACGUCCAUAGUUACUUUUGAACUUGAAUAGGAAGUAGUCUAUUGGCAAUCUUACUGUAACACUGAAUUUGAUUUUUAACCUACUUUUUACCAUAAAUUGAACUUUGCAAAAUUUCCGUCCCUUAUAUCUUGAAAACUGGCAUAGAUACACCAAUAUUUACUAUUGAACUUGAAGAGGAAGUCAUAUACUGGCAAUCUAACUGUAAACUUGAAAUGGACCUUUGACCUACUUUUUAUGAUGAACUGUACUGUGCAUGUUUUCUGGCCUUUAUGUCUCCAAAAUUGGCAAAGAAAUAUCCAUAGUUAGUAUUGAACCUGAAAAGGAAGUCAUAAACUGUGACUUUGAAAUUGACCUUUGAUCUACUUUUUUAUCAUGAACUGAACUUUGCAUAUUUUCUUGCCCCUCUUAUCUUCAAAACUAAGAGAGAUGUGCCCAGUGUUGCCCCUAGGUUUUUUCUUUUGUCAGCAUAUAUGCAACACUGAUAACACAUUUCAAGGAAAACCAU